UCAGAGGUGAUCAUGAACAAAAUUAUCGUUUUCCAGAAGCCCAACUUUCAGGGUCUCCACAGGGAAUUCACUUCAACCCAGAAGGACCUCAGAGAGUGGAACUUUAGCUUGUGCAUUUCAUCUAUAAAAAUUACUGGUCAACCAUGGCUGCUCUGUGAAGAAGCCAACUGUGUGGGAGCUAGAUAUGUGUACGAGGAGGGGGAUUACUCUGUGAUUCAGUCAGCCAUGUAUAUUCAGAGUCUGGAACUAAUUACAGAAGAUCUAAGUAAGCCCAAAAUUACCCUUUAUUCAGGUGAGAAACGCUCUAAAGACUUCACCAGUGAGACAAACUUAACUUAUGGGGAUUUCAAUGACAAAGCAGACAGCUGUCUUGCCCAUCAAGGGGUAUGGCUCCUCUAUGAAAGCACUGAUCUGAAAAAAUAUAUUAUAGUUCGUCCAGCACAAAAGAAGGUAGAUCUGAAUAAACUCUUUUUCGGUAAAAUUACUUCCUAUAUAAAGCCUCUUAAACCAGGAAAAGCCAAGAUUACCACAAAUGUUUUAUGGGAUCAGUUGACCAAAGGGGAUGAGGAAGUGGAAGCUGUCAAAACCCUGAGUGGGGAUAACUCAUCAAGUGAAGAAACAGAAUUUGUGGUCACCAGCAGUAAAACAGUAGAAGCCACUAUGACAUAUAGCUUUAACUUUUCCACCAGCACCUCACUGGAAAUUUCUGGAACUAUCAAACUGAUUGGCGAAGUCAGUACCAGUGUCUCCAACACCUUCACCUAUGACACAGGGAGAUCACAAUCUGAGACAGUGGCAACAGUGGUAGAGGUUGAGAUACCAGCCAAGAUACCGCCAAAGAGUCGGCUUAAAGUCAACGUCUUGAGAAAAAAGUAUACAGCACGGGUCCCUAUUGAAGUGAUCAUAGAAAGAAACAAUUCUAAAAGCACCAUCAUGGGAGAGCUGGUAUGUGAUUCAGGAAGGACAAUCUAUGCUGAGUACAAUGUGGAGGACAUGUAGAGUAUCAGUUCUGGUGACAAGAAUCACAAGGGCCACCAUAUUUGCUUGGGCAAACACUCUCCAAUAAUUCAGUUUAAUUACCACAAGAUAGAUUAAUACAAUAUCCUACUAAUGGCUAAUACGGGAUCCCCCUCUAGAAGCAUAAGACUAUGUUUGUAUUCGCGCUACACAACUCAGCAGCUUGUCCACUGGAACUCAAAUGCUGAUUUCGCUUUACACCUGUGGUUACUGAACCCAAACCAGUGCUAAAGCCACACUUAUUGUGUUACAGAACCCAAACUAAUGCUAGAGCCACAGUUAUUGUGUUACUGAACCCAAACUAACGCUAGAGACACACUUAUUGUGUUACUGAACCCAAACUAAUGCUAGAGCCACACUUUUUUUUUUUUCCAAACUCAAACUAACGCUAGAGACACACUUAUUGUGUUACUGAACCCAAACUAACGCUAGAGCCACACUUAUUGUGUUACCAAACUCAAACUAACGCUAGAGACACACUUAUUGUGUUACUGAACCCAAACUAAUGCUAGAGCCACACUUAUUGUGUUACCAAACUCAAACUAACGCUAGAGACACACUUAUUGUGUUACCAAACUCAAACUAACGCUAGAGACACACUUAUUGUGUUACCAAACUCAAACUAACGCUAGAGACACACUUAUUGUGUUACCAAACCCAAACUAACGCUAGAGCCACACUUAUUGUGUUACCAAACCCAAACUAACGCUAGAGCCACACUUAUUGUGUUACCAAACCCAAACUAACGCUAGAGCCACACUUAUUGUGUUACCGAACCCAAACUAACGCUAGAGCCACACUUAUUGUGUUACCGAACCCAAACUAACGCUAGAGCCACACUUAUUGUGUUACUGAACCCAAACUAGAGCUAGAGAUACAGCUAUUGGACCCAGGCUAACACUACAACUCAUUUGCUGCUUAUCAGGUGGCCACAGAGCAAUAAUGCACUCUAGAUUAUUAUUAGUAAUAUAUAAUAGUAAAUAAUAAGCGCUUCCAAGGUGUGGUUCCUCUGAACACUGAAGCUAAUUACAGGUGAUCCAACAGAAUUCCUUAAUAAACUGUUACUGUUAACAAAAA